GGAAACAGCGGAGUUUGAUGGAGUUGUGUGCGCUUAUGCCGGUGAUAUUUAUCCAUAACGCACAAGACUAGUUGAACGAAGCGCCGUCAUCAUGUUUGACUGCAUGGACGUGCUGGCCGUGAGUCCCGGGCAGAUGCUGGAUUUCUACACGUCCAGCCCGUCCUCCUGCAUGCUGCAGGAGAAGGCUCUGAAAGCCUGCAUCAGCGGACUGGCGCACAGAGAGUGGCAGCACCGCCGGAGCGCACACUCCAUUGAAACACAGAGCACCAGUUCUGAGGAGCUCGUCCCCAGCCCGCCGUCCCCGCCGGCCCCUCCUAGAGUCUACAAGCCCUGCUUCGUCUGCCAGGACAAGUCCUCUGGAUACCACUAUGGUGUCAGUGCUUGUGAGGGCUGCAAGGGUUUUUUCCGCCGAAGCAUCCAGAAGAACAUGGUGUACACGUGUCACCGGGACAAGAACUGCAUUAUCAACAAGGUGACGAGGAACCGCUGUCAGUACUGCCGCCUGCAGAAGUGCUUUGGAGUGGGAAUGUCCAAAGAGUCUGUUCGAAACGACCGGAAUAAGAAGAAGAAGGAGAGCCCAAAGCCGGAGCUGGCAGAGAGCUACGAGCUGACAGCCGAGCUGGAGACCAUCAUUGAAAAGAUUCGCAAGGCCCAUCAAGAAACCUUCCCCUCCCUCUGCCAGCUUGGCAAAUACACCACGAACUCGAGUGCAGACCACCGUGUGAGGCUGGACCUGGGCCUGUGGGACAAGUUCAGCGAGCUGGCCACUAAGUGCAUUAUCAAGAUCGUGGAAUUUGCCAAACGAGUGCCUGGCUUCACAGCGCUGACCAUCGCAGACCAGAUCACGCUCCUGAAAGCUGCCUGCCUGGACAUUCUGAUCCUGCGCAUCUGUACGAGGUACACGCCCGACCAGGACACCAUGACCUUUUCGGAUGGGCUGACCCUCAACCGGACGCAGAUGCACAACGCUGGCUUCGGCCCGCUCACCGACUUGGUGUUCACUUUUGCCAACCAGCUGCUGCCCAUCGAGAUGGACGACACGGAGACAGGCCUCCUCAGUGCCAUCUGUCUCAUCUCCGGAGACCGUCAGGACCUGGAGGAGCCCUCUAAGGUGGACCAGCUCCAGGAGCCACUCCUGGAGGCUCUGAAGAUCUACGUGAGGAAGCGUCGGCCCAGCAAGCCGCACAUGUUCCCCAAAACCCUGAUGAAGAUCACAGACCUGCGCAGCAUCAGCGCUAAAGGAGCAGAGCGGGUCAUCUCUCUGAAGAUGGAGAUCCCGGGUUCGAUGCCGCCGCUCAUCCAGGAGAUGCUGGAGAACUCAGAGGGCCAAGAUGGCCAGAGCAGCAGUAGCAGCAGCAGCAGCAGCAGCAGUAGCAGCAGCAGUAACAGCAGCAGCAGCAGCAGCACUUCAGCCGAGGCGGGGGCCAGCCCCAGCAGUAAGGGCAGUCCCAACGAGGACGCCGCCGCCGCUGAGUCGCCGGAGUCAGUGGACACCGAAGGGGCAACGGCCACACCACCCAGCGACGAGCCCUAGGAGGCUGUCUCUGACAUUCCUUUGCACAAAAAAGGAACAGCCAGGCAAGGCGCCGCCCCCCUAUAACCCCUCUACCCCAACUCCUUUGCUUGGUAUUACGUUAUCUUUAUAUCCUCGUCCUAUUUUUCUCCCCCGUUCCCCUGAAAUUCUCUCCUUAAAAAGAAAACGUCAACACGGAGGCCUCAAAGGAUCAGUGCUUUGUGUAUAAUUCUGAAUUGAGCUCUUAUUUGCCGUGGUGUCUCUGGGACAGGGACUGCGACAGGAAGGGCGUGGCCCUCGCAAGCCGCCAGAGAUGAUACUCCUCAGGUCUCCUGUGUAAAUUCUUAUCUGCAUGACGGGAGUUUGAUAAGUGGUUUUACUCCUCCUCUCUCUCUUUCUCUGUCCUCAUCUCUUCUCAUCUCUCGUAUUGUUGGCAUACGUACAUUGUACAUACCAUUGUAUGGUUAGAUCUCUGUUUCUAUGAUGAAUUUUGUGGUGCUUUUUCAUUGUCUUAAAUAUUAUCUUUGAGGCGAUACAUCAAGGUUUAAAGCGGGACUAAUUGUAAGUCCUUCAAAAAGUUAUCUAGAAUGUUAUUGCAUAUAGACAUUAUGGAAGUCUAAUAUUUUAUAUUUGUUCCUAUAUUUAAAACGGUUUUUGUCUUUUAUAACACUUAUUGGUUCAUGUCUCUACAUGAAUAAGUGUACAUCCACACCGCCAGAAUGCAAAGCUCUCCAUAUCGACAGCCGAGUCUGUUCAACUGUUUCCUCAAAGGAGAGAAGCACAACAGCAGAAGCCUUUGGUACACACUCAUCAGGUUGGCCGCGUCUGUUAAAGUCUCCGUCUCGACAUGAAUCACCGAGACCCGACAAACGAGAUUAGAUUCUGAAUAGGCCAGUCUAUGAAAUCAACUCAUCUGCUGGCUGUAUCUCCUCAGUAAAUCAGUUUACCUCACUGUCAAAACAAAUUGGGGAAAUUAGGUUGCUGAUAGAUGCCAGAGAUUUUUCUGCAGCAGGCUGUGAUUGCAUAGGACGCCUUUUGUUUCCAUUUCCCUGUAAUCCUAUACAUCAGCUGGACCGUGAUUCAGCUUAAACUGCUGCACUUUAUUAUCAUCAUCUGGUCAGUUAAGAGGUUUAACAACAAUUUGUUUCCCCUAAAUAAACAGUUUUCCUUUGGCGUCAUGCUUAUUUUCACUGGAAGAUGUCUGUCUUCACAUUACUUGCUAUGUGUUGCUCUAAUUUCCACCAACAUGAUUUUGUUGUUCAGUGGGGGGUAAAGUCUCAUCGUCAGGGAAACUAAUUUAUAAGAAAAUACCUAGAAUACACCCAACAGCCAGAGAAAAAUGUUGGCAUUAUACAUUUCUGCAAACCAGGAAUACGUUACGUUAACCAUUAUUUUGCAGCGGAUAUGUUAAAACUUGACAUCCCAACAACGCUGUGGUUAACGUGGUAAGGUUAAGGUACAAAAACAACUUGGUUAUUGUUAGGAAAAGAUCAUGUUUUGGCUUAAAAUACCUGGUUUUGGGAGUAGAAAGUAGCCUGGAAACAAGGAAACAACUGCUUUUCAUGGCACUAUCCCGCUGGAAAAACAGUGACAGGUCGCCAAAAAACAUCCACGUUGCACAAUCCUGGCAGGAAAGGCGGCAAUGUCUCAGGAAAAACAAUCACUUUUCAUGGCAUGGUGAAACACAGAGACAGACCACUGAAAAACACCCAUGUGUGGUGGCUACAAAGCUGCUGGAAACACAACUCACGAAAAGUCGUUUUGAUGUGUGUUGGUCUUGAACAGUGGUCUGCAGCUCAGCAGGCGUUUAGCCUCGGUGUCACACCAUCCACCAUCCCCUCCACCUCCUGAUGACAAAGUCAGCUCAUAUACUACGUCACUUUAGAAAUGUUGAUAUGAUACAUAUGAAACGUAAAUGAGUUUGCAGAAACACACAAAGCCAACAUCUUCUUCUGGUGACUAACAACAAUUAAACUGAGAUGAAAAUAAAUCCUUAAAACGUCCGUCCCCAUUCUCUCUUUGCAGACUGGCAUGUUGCCCUCCUGUUAGCAAACAGAGCCAACAUUCAUCUCCUCUUACUGUACCUGGUAUUAAAUGAGUCUCUGUAACUUUUGCUGAAGAGCAGCCCAGGCAGUGUAGAAACAUAGUAGAGUCACUCAGUAAUCUCACAACAGGUAGCAUAAACCACCAUAAACUACCAGAAUAAGUAAGGCUGAUGCUGCAAAACCCCUGAGUGUGCUAAACUUAAUUUAAGAUUAUGAGUUCAGCCUCACUCAGAUUUAUAAUCCAGUUUUAUUACAACUUUGGUCUUUUUUUGUAGUUUUGUGUUUCCCUAACUUAGGGGGUGAUCACACAGAAAUGAGACGCUAGAGACGUGGACGCUUCAAAGACGCUUGAAACGCUGGAAGCGCUUAUUCAAUGCGCGCUAGCUACUGGCAUCUGACGCUCAGGAAAGUUGAAAAUAUUUUAACUUCUCAGCGUCUACGCACAUCUACAAACGCGCGUCUAAAAAGACGCCGGAAAAACGCCUGUCUAAAAAGAUGCUUGAACACCGGUCAGAUGCGCCGUAUCAUAGGAAAACAAUGGUUUUGCUGGCGUCGCGUUUCUGGCGUUUCAUCUCGGUGUGAUCGCUCCCUCAGUCUAUCAGCUCUAUGUUAUUGUAACAUUGUACUCAUCAAAGUAAAUGCUGAGAUGCCACAAAGCGAUCGUACUUAAUUUGGCAAAACUUUUGGCUUAUUUACAACCUGUCUGAUCGUCUGACUGAUUGUGUUUCCUGCCCUGUUGAACCUAUUUUAUUGAUGUUUAGUGUAUUCCGAACUCUCCGAAAUAAACCAAAUCGAUGUAGGCGACUGGCAAUUGAUUUCAGUUGCGGAGAUAUGUCUAAAACCUUUAAAUGAACAACCAAACUUGUUCAUUUCUGUUGUGAUUUUCAGCCGUAACUGUAACAUUUAAAGAUAUAUAGUUAAACACGGUGGUCCAACCCAUCUGAUGUUUCUGCUGUGCUUAUUUUAUGUCCCGUGUGUUACUUUGCUAGCAUCUUUUAUAAACCAAAUCCACCGGCACAGAAGCUAAGCAAUGUACUUCUGUUGGCUGGGUGGCAGUAAAACAUAUUUUAGCCACCAUAAAAAUCAAUAUCAGUUUAAGUGUACGCCAUAUUUAGAAUAUUUUCUCCACUUUUCUUUACACACUACCAAUCGAGGCAGAUGUAGGCCAACAACUCCCAUGGUCUGCAAGGUAAAAUUACUCGUUGGGCUGUCUGACGCCAAAGUUAAAGCAGUGGAAAUAUUCCAAAUAUAGCAUCUUAAACUGAUAUUGAAUUUUAUUUUUUUUUAUGUGGCUUAAAACUAACCAAUUGAAGUAGCAUUUGCUCUGUGCCAUGUCAUUUUGUGUACGUGAUGCAGGGCUAUUCAGUCUAUUACUUUUGUGAGUACAAAAAUCAUGGUCGAAACUACAAAAAAAGGACACUGUAGUAAACUGUAGUUUUUCUGUAGCCUUUGUGUUGCUUUAGGUCACAUGUAACCGUCCUCGUGCUCUUGUGUUAACUAGUACUUCUGUGUUUUGUGUUUGAGCUUUGAGUCUGAUCACAGCCUGUGGCAGCUUUUUGAAAAAUCGCCUGGACGUCAACCUAAUGAGUGUGUAACUACCGCUAACAGCAUCUACUACCAACUGGGCUCUACAAACGCACAUGGGCUCUGUUAUGGCCUUAUGAGCAGAGCUCCUCAACCCGCUUUUCUCUCCCUUUUCAGAAGUGUCUUGUUAGAACCGGUGAAACACGGGGGCAAUGCAAUCCUUAAAACACACUGAUGACCGGACCAUGUGGGUCGGGACGAUUGUACACUAAUGUAGAAAGCACACGGUGGGGUGGGAUCCACAAGCCCUCUCCAAACGUUCGCCUUCCUCUUCAGACUUGACAGUGUAAGCUACAUUUAAUGAUGCAAAAGGAGAUUCUUGAUGACCUCUUAACCCCCUGAGAAGUGCAGUCGAGUAAAGCUUCUCUUUGGACAGUAGAUCCAACUGAGCUCUUAAUCUCAUUGGCGGGGAAGUAGGCGGUGUGUCUUGCAUCGGAUGAGGUGUUCCCGCAGAAGAUGAUCCCAGAAAGAUGCUUUUCUGCACAGCUGAGGUCACACAUGAUACUAAACAAUAAGAAAUAAACUUCAUUAUAUCCUCUUACAGGACCCAGAUCCCUCACUACCCUGCUGUCCCUGCUGGCUGAACAAUGGCUCCAUUCACUCCGAUAGCGAGCGGUUGUUCACUUACAGCACAGAGGACAAACUGUAGCACUUAAAUAUGUUGAACCUUUGAAACAUAGAUGCAGUACUGAAACUGAACAGUAUGAAGGCUGACAGCAGAACCUCUGCAACCAAAGGGGGAGGCCAAAGUUCAGCUUUAGAGAAAUUAAGCACAAAAUGUAUCUGUCACAGAAAAUAUUAAUACUUAAACAGUUUUGGAAAUGCUUCUACGCUGCUUACAGGAAAAGAUGGUUUUAUUUAUAUCGCAAAUGAUUCAGGAAGUACUCGAGGUCUGGAGCACUACAGAUGUCUGAAUCACGGAAAAUAAGCAAGUUUUUAACACUAGUGAAAGUUUAUAAGCAGAUAUUUGUGCCAGUAGGUAUUGAAUUUGGUUCAUCUGAAUUUGUGUUUUGUCUUUUCAAGCUGUAUAUAUCAAGUCUUCAAUGAAUUUGCAUUGACUUUGUUUAUACAGGUAUGAAACCAAACUGAAUUAGAUCCAAGUUUACUUUUCGAUGCUACAGUGCAAACAAGCUUAGAUCUACCCCAGUGGGUUGAACUGACUGUAUGAAAUGACAUGAGAGGGAUAGGAUAUGCGCUUUUGCAUUUGAAAUUGAAUUUUAGAAAAUCUGAAUUUUUUUUAAAUUGUAUUGAAUUUGAACUUCUUCUAGCCCAGUUUGAACUUGGUAUCAGGUUUUACAGGUCUUUGUCAACCUUGUAUACAGCAUUUGACAAAACAGUCUCAAGGUCCACUUCCUUGUUUGUUCUAUAGCUUUCAGCUGUAUCACAUGAUCUUCAUCAGCAGAUAGAACUUGAGAGGUUCAAACUUCACAUGAUUAAGAGCAGCAGUAGGACUUCUCAAAUCCAUAUCGGCCUGUCCAUUCUCAUCCCCAGGUUGUUAUAUACUGAUGCUUUGUCACACCCCUCAGUGUGUGAUAUUUAUGCUAAAGGCACCCUUUAGUGUCUUUACGAGAUGCACAAGAAUUUUAGCUAACUCCGAUGUUAACUCAUCUGCGGCAAUAAUUGAUGCUGAGAGCAACUGAUGUGGUAUAAAGAGCAAGUACGUCUGCAUAGGUGUAGGGGUCAAACAUAUCAGGACUUUUACCCAGGAGACCCAUAAAACCAAAAGUCUAAGUUGUUUGAAGGUAACGUUAUGUAAUUUAGGUAUAAUCGCCACGCACUGACGUCACUUACUUGACAUAUUCACGCUAUGUUAUUGUUACGUAACCUAAUCGGGAGCAUUACACGACAUUAACCACGUGUUAAAAUGUGGUUUAGCUUUGCUUCUCAUAGGGAUGCCAAAGGACGCCAUGUGCAUUGCUAUGAGACACAAAGGAACGCGACAAAGUGUCGGUAUUGGAUGACCUGGAAAUAAAAACGGGUUGUAUUGUUUAGAGCCAGGAGUCAAUUAGCCUAGCCUAGCUUAGCUCAGCAUAAAGACUAGAGUGAGCUAAGCCAUCUGUAUCCCCAUUUCCAAAGUCUAAAAUAUGCCUAAAAAUGCAUUCAUGGCUUGGUCUUGGAAACAAAGAAGAAGUCAUGUGAUCAGACUUUAUUAAAUUGUCAAAACUGUGAACUUAAGGUCAACGUACUUGCUUGGUCUGGAGCUUUUACCCGGUCUUUAUCAAAUAGGCUGUCCAAACUCAUUUUCUGUUGCACAAAAUUUUUACUAGACAAAGUAAAAAAAAGAGGCAUCUGAACACUCACAUAACAAUCCCAAAAUACCAGUGCUAGACCAAGCAUAGUUGAUGUCCUAGGCAAGCUUUCUAAUGAUGAUGAUGAUACAAAUAUUUUGGCACCUCAAUCUAUUGAUUACUAUAGAGUCAAAUAUUAUGUGUCUGAUUUGUAGGGUUGUAGGAAAUUAAGUGAUUUUGGAUACAGUGAAGUUUAAACCUUCAAUGAUUGUGAGCACAUCUUGUCCAUGACAGUUUAGAAGUUGAGACAGUUUUCUUCUUGACCUCGAACACAGCAGAUGAGCUCAGUUCCUUGAAUACAAAUGCAAAUUCAAAAUCUGGCACAAAUAUCUUCCCAUACAUCCUAAACACCUCCCAAUAUUUGCAGAGAUGUAAACAUACUGAAACUGUUGCAGUGACUAGAUGAGUCAUUCAGCUUCUUGUAUUUGAUCCGAAAUAGGAAAGUAAGACAACCCUUUAGGGCAGUGAAGGGUUCUGGGUCUCAGCGGCACAUAAUGAAAACCCAUCUGCAUUCCAUCCCUGCUCAGAAAUACAUAUCAUAAGGGAAACCAGAGCUGUUUCAGUUUUUUUUGUUUUAACGUGUUUGAAUGUGAAUAAUGUCAUGGAGUCUGUCAGAAGAAUGAUAUGCAGUGUUAAGGAAUACUUACUUCUAUCUCAAUGUAACAUAGGAUAUGCUCUCCCUUGGUUCUCUCUCUGUCUUGCUCUCCUGGUGAGAGAUGAAGGGAGGCAUCUUGGUGUUUUUCUUUCUUUUAUUUCUUUUUUUUUUUUUCUUUUUAUUUUGAAGCUGGAAAACCUUCACAGCCGAAGAAUGUCCACAUCCACCCCUGAAGUGUCAGGACAGCCCUCAGGCGCCUGACUGCAGCAGGGACUGUUAUCUGUUAGGAAACAACUUCACAAUGCUGAAUUACUCUUGUUCGUUUCUGUUGAAUGUUGUACCGACGUAACUGUAAUACUCUACUAUCUAGCUCACUGCAGAGAUGUUAUAUAAAUGGUGUGUGCUUUGCAUUCCAAUUGGCAGCUCUGUGGAAAAGACGCUCUGUUAUUUGUCCUUGAGAACAUCGACUCACAUCCAAGUUAAAAAAUAAAAGAAGAAGAAGAGCAGGAGGAACUGGAACUUGGUGGGCUGAUCUGGGCAUCCAGGUCGGACUCCACAUGAUACAUGCAUAUAUAUAAUUUGGGACAAUGAGAAAGAGGAGCCCGCCAAUGGGAGGAAUGGACGACCAAGUCACCUCAGCACCCGAUAUCGUCGAUAUGUUCUGUUCCUGUUCCAUGUCAAACAACAGAGCUGCGUGCCCCCUCCUCAGCCAGGGAGCCAAUCAGCUGUCGUCAAUCAAUCAAACCCAAUCAAUUGACAGCUAUUUGGUUAACAGGUCAACUAAUGAACUAGGGUUUGACCGAUAUGGGGUUUUGAAAACUGACAUUUUUGGAUUUAAUCAGCUGUAGGCGAUGUUUUGUGCCAAUAAUCAGUUAAAGGAAAAACUGAUCUUCAGAUAUUCUUAAACAGUUUGAUAUCAGCCUGGUUUUUUAAGUGUAGUCUAAGUCCUUCAAACUUCCUUGUCUAUUAGAUUUCCUAGAACGCCUUUCAACAACCUCCACGCAACCACCCUCCAGUAUGCCUCCAGGAACAGUGCUGGACUUUAAAGCCAAUUGGACACAAGGUCGAACUGUGAAAUUACAACUUCUGGGUCCAUCAUGUGAUGCCAUCGGACCCAAAAUACUUCUACCCAUAGACUUACAUUGUGAAAGAGAUGUGUAAAUCAGUGGUUACAUAUUUUUCGAGCCUCACAACCUCCACAAAUGACUUGUUUUACUAUCAGGGCUUGAUCCAUUCUGUCUGAUAACAUGUCAAAAGUUUAGAGGAGCCACAUGAUUGAAUAGUUUCAUCCCCAUUCUAGUUAGCAGAACGCUAAACCGGAAGUUAGUUGCUUGGCCGGUGAAGUCUCUUGUGCACUUGCUCUAUGAGCCCAACAAUUCGGAAGAUGUGGGUAAUUUUCUACCCAGGAAGUUGAACUUUGUUCCUGUAUGCGCCAUUAAUGGAUGUAUCUAGAAUUGGAUACAGCUUUAGAAACGACCUCCUGUUCAUUCUGGUGAAAGUUGCUUAGCGGUGCAUGAAGGCAGAAAAAGCUUGAUUUCUGCAGUAUGCGAUUACCCAGCAGGGUAAGGCGGUUGAGCGAGGCCAAUGUCUGCCAGCUGAGCAGCUAAUUACCUGUUUAGCCCUCCACUAACUUGAAUGGGGAUUGAAUGGUUUAAUAUUGCAGCUCUUUAUACUUUUUAAAAGUCCCGAUAGUGGAACAAGUCAUGGUGUGAGGGUUGUAAAGCUCAAUUAUUAUUAUUUUUUUGUUUCAGUUAUUUAUACGUUUCUUUAACAAUGUAAGUCUGCGGGACUUUUUCUUUUUUGGCCUCAUGGCAUCAUAUGACGGACCUGGAAGUUAUAAUUUCACAUUUGGCCACUCUUUCAAAUUGGCCUCAAAGCUCUGUGCUGUUCCUGGGAGCUUAAUGAUACUGAGCAACGAGUUCUUUUUAUACAUCUAAGCCCUCCACUGGUAAUACCUUAGCAGCACUGAUCAAUAUUUUAUAUGGACAAUAAGGACUCUACUAAGAAUUUUACCUAAACAUGCAGUCCUUCAAAGCGUUUUAUCAUCUUUUAGUGCUUUGUUUUGGUUUUAGAGCCCAUAACGUAACCUUUUUAGUUAAAAAGCCCUCUCAUGAACCAGCUGUUUGCAAUGUAAACCUCUGAUAAACCCACUGUACACAACCUGCUCAGCACCAAGCGUCAAAGUUAGCAAUAAGCUAACUAGCAAAAGAGCUGCAGGAGUCAUUUGUCAGGUGGCUAGAAAUACGACUCCGCCAUGAAAGCUGAUGUUCCGUGUGUGCUGAUGCGGUUCCCAUUUGACCAGUUAUCUUUGAACAAUUCGUAAAAAAUUUGGUAUCUUAAAAGAUUUUGUGUGAAUCCUCUUUUAAAUUUGAGCUAUUGGAUACCCCAAAAUACAAAUACUCAUUGUAUACUACAGGAACUGUUGGGUGGAAAGUUACACACCGAAAAAGAAAAACUGAAAGACUGUAAUAUUGCAUUGACACCAUGUUGGCAGAGCAGGACAAAUUAUAUAACUCCCUAUUAUUCCGAUUUAGGAGUGUUCAUACGUUAUAUCAUUUCAGUCUAGGCCUAGCCAUUACCAACGUGUUGACAUUUAUGUAUUUUCAGAGGUCAGAAAUUCUAAAUAUUUUACUUAAAUGGCAAGUAAGAGGCUGACAUCAAGUUCUUUCUACUCUACAGUCUGAACAGUAUGACGUGAACGCAGUAUUAGCUCACAUGCUAACUAGCUCCUCAGCCAGAAAACACAAAAUGAUAGUAUUACAGGUAUUGAAACUCAAUAUCAUCCCGACAUAUCGGUCUAACCCUAGAUUAAACACCUAACCUAGGAGCCAGAAAACAUGACUGUGAACCUCAAUAUCAAUCAUUAACAGUAGCUCUGUUGUUGUCCGUCCUAAAGGUGUUCUUGGUGACAUCACAAACUGUCCACAGUCGCCUUUUUACCAUCGGUAUCAGAGAACCUCACCACCAAUCAUAUGCAGUGUUGUAUAGUCGUGUUAAUACGAGACAUGAUGGUCAUGUCUUAUUGGGCAUGAGGGUGGAAGGGGGCAGGGGGCGUUGUGGAUUUAUCCCAUCAGCCCCUGCUGCCAGCCCGGAGGGUGAAGUUGACCUUAGGAGCUGCUCUGAGGUUUGAGCUUCAAUCUGUUUCAGCUCUCCAUUUUAAAUAUUGUCUUUGUUUGUACAUUAACAUAUGCUUUUUAUGUUCAUAUACUGUUCAACUUUACCAUGAACUGUCCUGGCAAAGUAAUA